GAGGUAGAGUGGCAUCUAGUGGUGUUGAAGAGGGAAUUGGUGGAAGGUAGAGUAAGUAAAGUAAGGAUGUGUGUUACGGUUGGUUAACGAGUUAAUGAAUCUUCAUCGCAUCAUCUUCUUCUGCAUCCGAACCCUAACAACAAACCCCUUUUGAAACAGUGAAUCCGAACAGAAUCAAUGGAGUCAUCCAAUGAGCAACAAAACAUGAUGGUCUCUUCCUUCCUCGAAGUCGCUCAAGGCCAAACCGCUGAGACUGCGCGCCAGUUCCUCCAGGCUACCAGUUGGAAACUCGAGGAGGCUCUUCAACUGUUUCUGAUAGGCAGUGAAGUUCCGCCUCCGUCAUCGCCUUUGGAAAACGUUGAUUCAUGGACUGAUCAACCUUCCAGUGAACCCAGGAAGGACACUGCCAAUGAAAGUGUUGCUGAAGAAGUGCGCCCUCCCUUACCUGUAAUAAGGGAAACUCUUUAUGACGAUGCAAUGCUGUAUGGCACAUCAAGGAUUGGACAUCGUUCACAAGAACCAAGCUCCCUAAUUGCAUUUCGUAACUUUGAAGAGGAGAUGAGACGUCCAGGGGUUUGGGAGUCAGAGCAAGGUGCUGCUUCUACGGCAGAGAGUUCUAGGGAUAAUCUUGCUUCACUUUAUCGCCCUCCAUUUCAUCUAAUGUUCAAUGGUCCUUUUGAUAAGGCAAAAGAUGCUGCUUCUGUACAGGACAAAUGGCUGUUGGUGAACAUACAAUCUACCAAGGAAUUCAGUUCACAUAUGCUUAAUAGGGAUACAUGGGCCAAUGAAGCUGUUUCUCAGACCAUUAGUACAAACUUCAUAUUCUGGCAGGUAUAUGAUGAUACAACUGAAGGCAGAAAAGUCUGCACUUAUUAUAGACUGGAUUCAAUUCCCGUUGUGCUUAUUAUAGAUCCCAUCACUGGCCAAAAGAUGCGCUCCUGGUGUGGAAUGGUUCAACCAGAAAGCUUAUUGGAAGGCCUACUAGCAUUUCUUGAUGCUGGUCCAAAGGAUCAUCACAUUACCUUGUCUCACAAGCGUCCUAGAGGAAGUUCUAGCCCACCAAAAACUAAAGCUGUGGUAGAUUCAGACGGAAAUAAAGAGGAGGAUGAGGAAGUUCAAAGAGCUCUGGCAGCAUCAAUGGAAAGCAUGAAAGAAUCAACCGCAAUAGCUGGACGAGACAAUAAAGAUGCAGAUGUUGCAGUGAAUGGGCAAGAAACAGCUGUGGCUAAAAGGCCCACAUAUCCAACCCUGCCUGAAGAACCCAAGGCUGAAAGAAAUCUCCUAUGCAGAGUUGGGGUUCGACUUCCAGAUGGACGCCGGGUUCAACGUAACUUCUUACGCUCCGACUCUAUUCAGUUGUUAAUCUCUAUUAGCGGAGUGUAGCGGACCCUCAAAACGCCAUCGCGGGAUAGCACAUAGGGGAUUGCCGCUAUUUUAAAGUUUUUCAUAUGGAUAUAAAGUAUAUACAUAUGUAGAUAAUUAUGUAUAUAAUAAUGCUAAACAAAUAUGCAUAAAUAGCAUGAGGUAGGACUGUAGAAUCAUAGAAUAGAGAGAAGAAAGGAAGUGGCUUUUGUUAGAGAAGUCAUCCUAAAUGAGUGAGUGUGCUGGAUUGGAGAUUGUUGCAAAGCAGAAAUGAGAUAUAGAUGGGAGGAGGGAGUAUCGAACAAAGAAGGGGGAGAAGAAAAACAGUGUAGGAAAAGCAGGGUUUUGUCAUGUGUCUCUAGUUGCAAAGCAGAAGGGCAAUAGAGAUGAGAGGAAUGGAUGUCGAAGAGAUAAAGAAAGAAAAAAACCCAGAGAAAAGUGGGGUUAGGUCUGAAAACUGAGAAGAUAAUUUUGCCCUUAAAAAAAACCUAAAGAUUGUCAUUAUAAGGGCAAAAAGGGAAAGUCAGCUUAUUACUUAAAUAUAAAAACACAUUUUUACCCUUAAAAAAUCCUAAAACUCUUUCACUUUGAGGGUAGAAAAGGAAAGUUAAUAUCUUUCCCUGUGAUGGCACUAUUGCACCAUGAAUGGCCGCAAUUUGGGCUGCAAAUACAGCCGCCGUUGGUCGUGAUGGCCGCAACAGCAAAAACGCACCACUAUGCCAGAUCUGUAGUGGCCAAAGGAACUAUGCUUUAUUCCCUUUUACAAUUUUAUAACUGCCUAUGUUUUGAUCAUACAUUAUUGUGAAAUGGUGGAUGUUGUGGAUGUAUGUGAUACUGGUCUCUGGAAAAAUGGAAUUAUUAUAAUUAGGUUUAAAUACUAUUUUAGUCCAGAUACAAAAGCUGUAUUUUUUGUUUGGUCUUUGCACCAAAAAGUUUGUAAAUAAGUUCCUAUAUGAAAAAACAUUUUCAAAAUA